AUGAGUUUCCGCCUGGAAGGAUUACUGCGGGCAAAAUCCAUAGAAGAACUUGAUAAGAGUGCCAAUGAAGACUCGCAAGAAAAUUCUUCGCACGAGUUAAACAAAAAGAAUGGGAGCUCUGAAGAAAUAGAUAAGAAUGAAGAUUUGCUCAAAUCAAAAGAGCUAUACAAUGCCGAAUUCUUGACUUUCACUGCCCCCGAAGAAGAUGAAGAUGACGUCGACGAAAAAAUUGACGAGUUGCUAGGAUUGAUAAAGUCACGGCGUGUAUUACUCAUUGAAGCGCCCGAAAACACGACGAUAAUUGAGUUCAAUGGCGAUGUAGAAGAAAGUGAAAAUAUAGCUAAGUCACUCGCACGGCGAAAUAAUACCGGCGAAAACGUGGACGAAAUGAGAAAUGGCCCCACUGAGGCGACUGAAAUUGGUGCAGAAGAUAUUUCAGAAAGGUAG